CAAACGCACGCACUAUUUCCCUUAGCUGUGCUUUUGUGUAUUGUCAGAAUUAAUGAGAAAAGUUCUCUUGCCCUAGGGGUAAUUAGUGUCCUUGGAGUUAAAUAAGCUAAUACUUAGACACCUCUGGCACAGGCAAUUAUGUUUGUGUAUUGAAUAAUUGAUUCAAAGAGGGGGGAAGGGCUGCUAAUCAGAUCUGAGCAUAAUGAAUUGAUUUAAUUAACAGGGGAAUCCGAGGGUCUCUUGGAGCUGCGCGCAUUUACUCAGUAGCAACGGAAAGCAUAACACAUAAAUUGGGAGAAGCGGAGACAGCACGUUACAGCUCUCGUAAAAACCGAAAUUGAAUUUUUUUGAAUGUAGUUGCACUUUCGGAACAAAUGAAAGCGGAAAAACAAUAAGCAUCUUUCGGCGAAGAAGGUUUCAAGUCGAAAAUAAUUUCGUCCUUCUGACUCGCCGCCUGCUUUAGUAUUUCAUAACAAAUCAGAACAUUUUCUCUUUCAUUUCGUUUUGCUGCCUCAAGAAGAUAUGCUUGCUAUCCAGUUUUGUUUAAAGGUUUUAUAUAGGCGGUUUAGUUUCGCCAGUGCCGGUUUAUUCUAAGAGCAAGGAGCACGUCCGAAGUGAACUGGGGGAGCCGCUGAUUUUUUCCCCCAAGAAAUCAACAUUAAAGAUCAACACGCCGCACUCAUUUCUGAAUGGCUUUCCGUUAUUGAGUGAUCCUGUUUCUAACAACGGCAGAGCCGUGCAAUUAAAACCUGCAGAAGAAAGACGAUCCAGUCUUUAUAGCAAGGCUAUUUCCAGAAGACAAGCGGCUCUUUCCAGAAGGCGGGCGGUGAAGGCUGCUGGAGCCGAGAAGGGAUCGCCAGGAGCCGGAGUCCUCGAUCUUCAGGACGAUGGUGUUGGACAAGGAGGAAGGAGUGCCCAUGCUCUCCGUGCAGCCCAAGGGCAAGCAGAAGGGUUGUGCCGGCUGCAACCGCAAGAUCAAGGACCGCUACCUGCUCAAGGCCCUGGACAAAUAUUGGCACGAGGACUGUCUAAAGUGUGCCUGCUGCGACUGCCGCCUGGGGGAGGUGGGCUCCACCCUCUACACGAAGGCCAACCUCAUCCUGUGUCGCAGGGACUAUUUAAGGCUCUUUGGGACGACGGGGAACUGCGCCGCCUGCAGCAAACUCAUCCCCGCCUUUGAAAUGGUGAUGAGAGCCAGAGAUAAUGUUUACCAUUUGGACUGUUUCGCCUGUCAGCUUUGUAACCAGAGGUUUUGCGUUGGGGACAAGUUCUUCCUGAAGAACAACAUGAUUCUGUGUCAGAUGGACUAUGAGGAAGGACAGCUGAACGGGACCUUUGAGGCGCAGGUCCAAUAGCUGGGUGGGGUGGGGGGGGCCAAGGGGGGUCUGGAUGGACACUGAACUGCACCCCCAGUGAGGACCGUCUGUCUGCUUGCCUGUAAUAUUUUUUAACCCCUGCCCUGCCCCGCCUGUCCCUCCCCAACACCGAACAGUUACACGUUUCAUGAUGUACAGUUGUGCCUGCUUUGCUGAGCACUCUAUUGCCUGUAUGUUUGUGAUUAGUUUUUUUGUUAGUCUCUCCCCCCUACCCAGCCCCCCCUCCAGCCUUUCAGAAUGGCUCCUCGGGGCACCUGUACAGUCUGUUUUUUCUGUAUAUAUAAACUGGAACAUUUAUUUUAUGAAAAUGUAAUGCAAUUUUAUUACUAGUGUGAAUUAAAGAUUCUUAAAUGUU